AGGCCUCUUGUCUCCGCCGCUUGCAAACAUCUCGAUAAGCUUGUGCUGAAUUACACUAAUCUUUAAAGAACCCACACUGCCCGAAGUACCUCAAGCUUGAAGAGAAAACUCACACUUUGAAAACUAGUUUUUGCCAGUGUUUAAUUUACUUUGGUUGUUUGUCUGGGAUCAGUAUAAGCUUACAUUAGAAUGACUUCAACCCUGAGCAGAGGGUACCAUAUUGCAGCAUUCAGCUGGUAUGCCUUCGUUGUGAAGACUCUCGCUGCUAAGAAUGGAGAGAAGCUACCACCAGGAAUCUUUGUUUAUGGAGGACCUUGGAAGUACCUUACUUUUUUGAAUUUGUUAUUACAAAUGUCCUUCUUUGGAUUGGCGGCACUGAAUGAUCUACAACCGGGGAAAAAGUCAGAGAGUACUCUGAACAGAUGUAAAGACCUUCUCUUCUCUGUCUUUGCUUUCCCCGUGGGCAUGUUUGUUGUUCUACUUUUCUGGACCAUCUUUGCCUAUGACAGAGAAUUAGUCUACCCGACAACUAUUGACACCUUCUUCCCCCCCUGGAUAAACCAUGCUAUGCACACAUUUGUCCUUCCUGUUUCACUGGGAGAAGUGCUGGUGCAGCCUCACAUCUACCCACAGACUAAACAUGCACUGGCAGCAUUAGGAGGUGUGGGCCUGGCUUACUUAUUUUGGAUUAUAUGGGUGUACUUGUCAGUUGGAAUUUGGGUGUAUCCCCUUCUUGGGCACUUCAGCACUGCUGGCCUGAUGGGCUUCUUCUUUUUUAACAUGUCGGUGGUGACAUUGCUCUACGUGAUAGGAGACAAGCUCAACAGCCAUGUCUGGAGUAAGGACAUGAACAAAAUGAAAACAAAAGCAAAGUAAUUCAGCCUCUCAGCCACUUAAAAAUGGUCAAACAGUAAUCACAAAAAAACAGUAAAGAAAGUUUUGAAAGAUGUAACACAUUCUUCCUCUUUCAAAUUCAAACAGUUAAAUUUAUAAGCAAUAAAAGGCACCAUUGCUCAAAUAAAUACACUCGGGGUUUUGCUGCUACAGCCUUGUUGGUCUGGUAUGACAGUGUUUAUACAGUCUAUGGGUAUGACCAGUAGCUUUUGAUGGAUAAAGUUAGCUAAAGUUUGCAAACCAAAUUGCUGUAAAACGCACAUUACUGAGUCACUCCGCUGACUAUCUAUAUAUAUAUAUAUAUAUAUAUAUAUAUAUAUAUAUAUAUAUACACACACAUAACAUGAUUGUUCUCUGCAAGUAGCACUGACAGCAACAGCACAAGCAAUCCUCCUGUUUCUAUAUUUCCAUUGUAUGCAUUUCCUGAUUAAAAAAGAAGUGGAUGUUGAAUGUAACAUAUCAGAUGCUCUUUUUCCACAAAGUAUACAACCAGGCAAUAAAGAAAGCAGUCAGGAUCCACCAUCAAUAUGAUCACGUCCAUAUUAAGCAACAUUGAGUUCUCCUCUGCGCAAAGAGGAGGUUACCAAUGUCAUGUUUGACCUGAAUAAAGUGCAUAUUUUUCCAUUAAUCAUGGAACAUCUGGAGGGGCUGCAGGAAAAACUUGACUUUUGGUAAUCCAAAACACAAUGCUGAAGAGCCUUGAUUUGAUGUCAUCACAAAUCCAUGGUUAAAUCCAGAAACAGUGUGUGUGCUGUCCAUUCAUUUCUGUAAGUGGCCUUAUUGCUCUCUUUUUUAGAGGAAAUCAUGCACCAUGCAAGUCUCUGUAGCCUUUAAGAUGGUGGAGAUAGUUUGGAUCUGCAUCCACCAAUCCAACUGAAAGGAUCUUGGCCAAUAAAUGCACGUCUUCUUCACUGAGAUCCUUCUGUCAAAGAGAUGAAUGUAAAAUAUAUCAUCUCAAUUAUCAUAAAUAAUGACAGCAUUUAACUUUGGAUAGUUACUCACCUUCAUGCUGUUGGCAGAUGAUUCAGGAUACUGUAUUCGUUUAGGAUAAAUUCCCUGUCAAAGAAAUAAAUCAUUUCUGAGAAUCACA